AAAAUUAGGCAGACCAUUGAAUUGGAAGCAGCGGCCAGCAUGAGCAGCGACGACGAAGCGCCGAUGCCGAUGCCGAUGCCGGCGCCCAAGCGCCGCCGCGUCAUGGAAAAGGCCACGGAGGCGAACUUGCUCGAGCACCUUCCGAGCGCGCAGAUGUACGAGAAGAGCUACAUGCACCGCGACGUGGUCACGCACGUGGCCUUCUCGGACGCGACGCAGUUCCUCGUGACGGCCUCCAGCGAUGGGCACGUCAAGUUUUGGCGCAAGAUGGUCACCGGCAUCGAGUUCGUCAAGCACUACAAGGCCCACCUCAAGGCCAUCCACGGCCUCGCGAUCUCGCCCGACGGGCUCCGGCUCGCGACGACGUCGGCCGAUGGCACGAUCAAGUUCUUUGACAUCCUCGGCUUUGACAUGGUGCACAUGCUCACGCUCGACUACAUCCCCGGUGCGUGCUGCUGGGCCUUCCCGAAAGGCCAAGUCGUGCCCAAGAUCGUCGUCGCCGAGGUCGACGCGCCGACGCUCCGGGUCUACCACGCCGAGCGCCCGUCCGAUGCACUCCUGCACACGCUGCCAACGCUGCAUUCGGCGCCGGUCACCAUUCUCGCGUACAACCCUUUGCACGACUGCAUGGUGUCGGGUGACAUGAAGGGCAUGCUCGAGCUAUGGAGCCCGUCGACGUAUGCGCUGCCGACGAAAGGCCUCCGCUUCAAGUUCAAGGGCGAGACCGACUUGUACGAGCUCGCGAAACACAAGGCGUUUGCGACAACGAUCGACAUCGCGGCGAGCGGCGACGACUUUGUCGUGACGGCGUCCGACGGCGUCAUUCGCGUCUUCCGCUUCGUCACGGGCAAGCUCCGCCGCAAGUACGACGAGUCGCUCGCCGUCUUUGAAGACGCACAAGCCGACGGCAGCUUGGAGCUCGACGCAAUCGACUUUGGCCGGCGCGUCGCGGUCGAGAAGGAAGUCCUCUCGUCGCCGCCGGUCGCCAACUGCAUUUUCGACGCGUCCGGCCAUUUCUUGCUCUUUCCGACGCUGCUCGGCAUCAAGAUGGUCAACGUCGAGACCAACAAACUCGUGCGCGUUCUCGGCAAGGUCGAAAACACCGAGCGGUUCAUGCGCAUCUGCCUCUUCCAGGGCACGCCCAACGUCAACACGCAAUUCCAAAAGCACGCGUCCACGCAGGCGCAAAAGAAGCUCGUCAUGAGCGACCCCAAGGCCAAGAACGUGACCGACCCGACGGUCUUUGCGACCGCGUUCAAAAAAGCUCGGUUCUACUGCUUCUCGACGCGCGAGCCCGUCGACGACGACGAUGGUGACGAGAGCGGGCGCGAUGUGUUCAACGAGAAACCGACGCUGGACGCGUCGCAUAUCGCGACCGAGACGUCGGCCCAGAAGCUCGGGACGCGCGCUGUCAUCCACACGACGCUCGGCGACAUCUUCUUGACGCUGUACCCGAACGAAGCGCCGCGAACGGUCGAGAACUUUUGCACGCACGCGCGGAAUGGGUACUAUGACAACUGCCUCGUGCACCGCGUGAUCAAGAACUUUAUGAUCCAAACGGGCGACCCGAACGGCGACGGCACGGGCGGCGAGUCGAUCUGGGGCGGGUCGUUUGAAGACGAGUUCCACCGCAACCUGCGCCACGACCGGCCGUUUACGCUCUCGAUGGCCAACGCGGGGCCGCGGACGAACGGGUCGCAGUUCUUCAUCACGACCGUGCCGACGCCGUGGCUCGACAACAAGCACACGGUGUUUGGCCGAGUCGAGACGGGCAAGGACACGGUCACGACGAUCGAGAACGUGUCGACCGACCGCUUUGACAAGCCUGAAGAAGACAUUUACAUUGUCAACAUUGACAUUAUGUAA